AUGUUGAAGUCAUACAAACAGAGGAAAGAUGAAUUGAGUGUUGAAGAUGACAUAUUAUUGUGGUUUGGAAGAAUUGUAGUUCCAGAAUGCAUGAGAACUGAUGUUCUGAAGAUAUUGCACACAGGACAUCCUGGUAUUGUAUCAAUGAGGUCUGUAGCACGGCACUAUGUAUGGUGGCCCAACAUGGAUAAAGAUAUCGAAGUUUAUAUCAAAAGGUGCACAUCUUGUCAAGAGAAUCGAGAUAAUGUGGAAGAAGUACCAUUAUAUCCUUGGAAUGUACCUGAUAGAGUUUGGGAAAGGGUACACAUUGAUCUGGCAGGGCCAGUCAACGGAUCUAUGUGGUUGGUAGGUAUUGAUGCUUUGUCAAAGUGGGCAGAAGUGGACUGUCUCAAGACAACAAACUCUUCAACAAUCAUUCAACGAUUGAGAUCUUGGUUUAGUCGAUAUGGAAUACCAAGUGAAAUUGUGACAGACAAUGGACCUCAAUUUGUAUCAAAGGAAAUGGAAACAUUUUUUGAGAAAAAUUCUAUCAACCACAUAAAAACAACUCCCUACCAUCCUAAAAGUAAUGGACUUGUGGAAAGACUAAUUCGGACUUUGAAAAGACGGUUCUACACAACAAAGCAGGAUGUUGGAGAUGGAAUGCUAGCUCUUCAAAAUGUUCUUUUUAGCUACAGAAACUCGCCUCAGAAAACAACUGGUAGGGCUCCUGCAGAAUUGUUUCUCGGUCGUAGACUACCAACAAUUUUUGACAAUAUGAAACCUAAUCUUAGGAAAAAGAUGGAGAUGAAGCUUUGGAAAGAACAAGGGAGGGACAACAAAAAAGUUCGAAUUUUUGAAGAGGGAGAAGAUGUGUGGAUUAAGAAUGAACAUGGAAAUGGUUGGUCAGCUGGAAUGGUGAAAAAUAAAAAUGGACUGUACUCAUAUGAUGUACUUUGUGGAGGUAUUAUAAAAAGGAAACAUGCGGACCAGAUGAGACAAAGAAUGGGAGCUUUUGAAUCCGUGUAA